AUGUUCCGAUUACUUUUUGCAUUAAUUUGCGUUUUCAUCUUGGGUUUUCAUGCAACCUCACAAAGCAAAUCAAGCAAACAGGAUUCUGCGAACGGAACCCAACAAAACAAGUGUGGAGAGACGGAUCCAAAGAAAUGUCGCUACUGUCGCGACGGUCCACCAGGCGUCCGAGGCAAAGAUGGUUGCAACGGUCGAGACGGAAGAAACGGAGCCAAGGUUGGUGAAAUAUUUCGUUUUCUGGGUCCAGAAAAAGGUCAAAAAGGCGAACCCGGUCCGGCAGGUAAAUCACCUCAAGGUGCAAUCAAGUUUGGUGACACCGCUGCAAAAUGUGCUCUACAAAGUGCAGGUACUGUUCGUUACAAUGCUUCCCAAAAUGCUUUACAACUCUGCGAUGGAAGCAAUUGGUUGCCAUUGGUGACUGGAGGAAAAGGGCACGUGUCUAGCAGACCUGGCCGUCAUUGUUUGGAUAUCCUAGAAUCAGGUGGCAGUCGUGGUAGCGGACUUUACUGGAUCGAUCCAAACGGAGGUUCGACGGAUGACUCGUUCCAGGCUUAUUGCGACAUGGAGACUGAGAGCGGAGGUUGGACACUAGUUGCAACAAAGGUGUCCCCAAGCUUCCGCUUUAUCAAAACAGUAUUUUCAGCAUCAGCAGCAAAAACCACAGACGCAGAUGCAGCGAGUCACAUUCAUCCUGACAUGGGGGACUGGGAAGAGGUCAUGUUCCGGUUCAGUGACGUCAGUACCAUCCGGGUUAUUUACAACAGGAAGGCGGGCGCUCCAAAUAAGGACAAAACAGACUUUGACAAGUUCUUAAUGGGGACAACUUACAAUACGAACAAGAACAUCCACGGGUUUUACAAGUACAGCCCGGCAGAUCACAAUAAGAGGAAUCCCUCUUCUGGUUUUGCCACAAUAUCCAAGCUGUACUACGAUUUAAGUGGCGGAAUAUCUGAAUCUCAUGCCGGCUCAGACAAGUGGAUUGACAUGUGGCAAAAUGCCGAAAGCUCAAACAACUACGUCACUUCCGACGACAGCCGCGCGCGUGGUACCAAGUGUAUCGCGGGCUACUGUUAUCUGAACAAACCAAUCUGGGUAAUGGUGCGAUAG